GGCAUUGAAGUUGACUAGUAAUAUUCUUUUAAGAGAUACCGUUUACUCACAAUUUUCUUGUUCUGUUUUCCCCGCAACUCACAUUUCUUCGAUCUCUGAAUCUGGACGUUACUCAACGCAAAGCACCCUUUAAAUUCAACUUCAAAACCCCCCCGCAACUCAACCAACUCAAACUCUAACCAAAAUUUUUUCAUUUUUCACUUCUCUCUCUAACCAAAACGACGUCGCGUUCUUCUAAACGCCGCGUCGUUUAGUUCCUUCACACAUCACAGGUAAAGCCGUGCGCUUUUGAACUUGUGGUGCAGACCAGUGAAAAAUCAAGUUUGAAUAUUGGAAGCUCUAGUUCAAUAUGUCAUCUGCAAGCAAGGGUGAUAGGAAGGCUUCCCUUGAUGCAGCAUCAUGGUUGUUUAACGUCGUUACGUCUGUGGGAAUAAUCCUUGUGAACAAAGCCCUGAUGGCCACAUAUGGUUUUAGUUUCGCCACAACUUUAACUGGAAUGCAUUUUGCCACAACAACCUUGUUGACGGUCGUUCUUAAAUCGCUGGGAUAUAUCCAGACCUCUCACCUUCCUAAAUCUGAUAUCAUCAAAUUUGUCUUAUUUGCAAAUUGCUCCAUUGUUGGCAUGAAUGUGAGUUUAAUGUGGAACUCUGUCGGUUUCUAUCAGAUUGCUAAGCUGACUAUGAUCCCAGUAUCUUGUCUCCUAGAAGUUGUAUUGGACAAUGUGCGAUAUUCCAGGGAUACUAAGCUUAGUAUUAUCCUGGUUUUGGCUGGUGUUGCGGUCUGUACAGUCACUGAUGUCAGUGUCAACACAAAGGGUUUCAUAGCUGCUGUCAUAGCAGUUUGUAGCACAGCACUGCAGCAGUAUUAUGUGCAUUUUCUUCAGAGGAAAUAUUCUAUUGGAUCAUUUAACUUGUUGGGCCACACUGCACCAGCACAGGCAGCAAGUUUACUGCUAGUAGGCCCCUUUAUGGACUAUUGGCUGACAAACAAACGAGUUGAUGCAUAUGACUAUGGCUUGACAUCCACUUUGUUCAUCAUUCUGUCUUGCACUAUCGCAGUAGGAACAAAUCUCAGCCAGUUCAUCUGCAUUGGUAGGUUUACGGCCGUAUCAUUCCAAGUCCUUGGCCAUAUGAAGACUAUUCUGGUCCUAUUCAUGGGGUUCAUUUUCUUUGGAAAAGAGGGCCUCAAUCUACAUGUUGUUCUAGGCAUGGCAAUCGCAAUUGCGGGAAUGAUUUGGUAUGGCAAUGCUUCUUCUAAGCCAGGGGGUAAGGAGCGCCGUAGCUUUUCCCUUCCUACCAGUAAAACACAAGAUUAUGCUGCGGUGCCUGUGUCCUCUGAAUCAGUUGAGAAGGUAUAAAAAUAGGCUUACAAGAAAGGAAGUGAUUAAACUUUUGGUGAAGUGCAUAGGAAAAUCAUGCGCCCUUUAGGCGAGCUGAUUCAUUUUCUUUUAUACCUUGAGGGAAUUCCCAAUUAUUUAUAGAUCAUGUUGACAUAUCUCUGCCUUUUGUGUUAAGGAAUUGUUUGAGAGGGAGAGAGGAGGACAACUCUUAUUUUGGAAGAGGGAUCUACAUUAUGUUCCAAAUUUUUUAUAAUAGAUGUUACUGUUACUUUUUAUAGUAAAAAUUUAUUCCAUUUUUGUCUUCA